AUGGGCAGCUAUGGAGAUUACAAAGUCGUGGAGCCACUGUCACCAGGACCGGAUAACAUCUCCUCCGCGGAUGUAAAUGACACGUUGGUUGGGUCGGACGAUACCACAACCCUUCUACUUAGGGCUCUCGGAGAGCGCAGAAAGGGAAUGGCCACCGUGCUGCUUCUUACAAGUAUCUACACAGCCAUAUUUAUUACGGGCGUUAUAGGCAACCUCAGCACGUGUAUUGUAAUCUGGCGGAACUCAUACAUGCACACGGUGACUAACUACUAUCUUUUCAAUCUCGCCGUGUCAGAUGUCUUGACCCUUUUUCUUGCCCUGCCGCCAGAAGUCUAUUCGAUAUGGGAGGCGUAUCCGUGGCGUUUUGGUGAGCCGUUUUGCAUCAUUAAGACAUUCGUCAUGGAGGUGACUUCAUAUUCAACGGUGCUCACCAUCACAGGUUUUACCAUCGAACGCUACAUGGCCAUAUGUCAUCCCAUCAGAGUGCAACCAUGUUUUCACGUGUCACGUGCGACUCGUUGUAUCAUCGUUAUAUGGACUAUAUCGACGUUUAGUGCCUUGCCGUACCCGGUACAUACACGGACGUUCUACUACCUGAGCGAUUCGUUGACGAAACGGCCUAUCGCGGACUCGCUUGUUUGUAACAUUCCACAUCGAUGGACGGGCCGGAUGAUCACGGUGUUUCAACUGUCCACCUUUGUAUAUUUCCUCGUUCCAAUGGUUGUCAUCACGCUCAUUUACGUGCUCAUCGGCGUCAAGUUGCGGGCCUCGGAACUCACGGCGCCCGCCAGCCCACAGUACGGCAAGGCAACCGCUACCAGAGCCCGGCGGGCCAUCCUUAAAAUGCUCGUGGCGGUGGUGGUGGCGUUCUUCCUGUGUUGGGCUCCAUUCCACGCUCAGCGGCUCAUGACCCUGUACGUUGAACAUUGGACUUCACAGCUCAUCGAAGUGCAGGGAUACCUUUUCUAUGUGUCCGGAAUCCUGUAUUUCUUCAGCUCAACUGUUAAUCCGAUUUUGUACAAUUUAUUGUCGAGGAAAUUUCGCCGGGCUUUCAAACGGACAAUGUGCAGAUGUUUCGUGCGUACAAAUUCUGUGCCAACCUUUUACAUGCUCAAGGCUAAGUUUAUACACAAUGAUGGUGGGGCGGGCUUUUCUCGGGGACCGUCAAUAAGCCGCCCGACUCAGGAGAAGCAAGGGGUUAGACUGGUCACAUAUUACAAGAAUGAAAAACAUGCACCACGCUGCCACAAAACGCUAGAGAGUCCGUCGACAAGUGACACGCUGUUGAAUAAAACCAGUCGUAGUCCAACGUGCAGCUCGCACGCUCAUUCUGACGGAGGGCUACACGCACUCUGUCGUCAUAAACGCUGCACGAGCAGACGGCAAAGUUCCUUAACGUCGCGACAGAAUGGAUUAGUGGCUUCGUUUCAAGAUAUUGAAACACUGCGACUUAAAGAUUUCACGGGCAGACCAAACAGACAAAAUGCUUACAUAUCAGCCGACUAG